CAGAUAAGGUGAUAUGCGAUAACAUAAAUAGUUGCGUGUAUAUAAUUAUGCUGACUCACUUGUGAUUUUUCUGCCCAUGGUAGCGGGAGUUGGAUGUCUCGUAUUGCUCGACUCCUUGUAAUAUCAAAUAUCCUUCGAACGCAGAGUUCAGGAUUCUGGUCAAUGGGAGAGAUGGCGUCAAAAACAGCAAUGGUUUCGAAAGAUGAUGCUUUACCUGGUCGAUCAGAGAAGCUGAAAGUUAGCCCCAAACACACUGUCCUAGGGACCACGACAGUCCCACCUUUCCCCGAAAAUGUGGAAAAUGCUAUGUUUGGACUGGGCUGCUUUUGGGGUGCGGAGAGAAAGUUCUGGAAUCAGAAGGGAGUCUUUUCCACUCAGGUUGGCUAUUCAGGUGGAUUCACUACCAACCCCACAUACAAAGAGGUAUGCACUGGUCAGACAGGUCAUAACGAGGUCGUCCGUGUCCAGUUUGACCCCAAGAAAAUUUCCUACGUAGAUUUAUUGCAGGUAUUCUGGGAAAACCACAACCCGACGCAGGGCUAUCGUCAAGGCAACGACGUGGGCACCCAGUACCGCUCGGCCAUCUACACAUACGGAGCUGACCAGCAGAGCCAGGCGGAGGAGUCCAAGGGCAACUUCCAGCAGGCGCUGACGAAGGAAGGCUUCGGAGCCAUCACCACGGAGAUACAACCUGCGGGAGAGUUCUACUACGCCGAAGAUUAUCACCAGCAGUACCUUGACAAAAACAAGGACGGCUACUGCGGUCUGGGAGGUAUCGGAGUCGCUUGCCCGAGAGGACUGGUCAAGGCCAAGCAAGAUCUAUGAUUGUGCAACUUGUAUAUAUGUAUCGACUGCUCAGUGCAUGCUCAUUUAUGUACAGAAAGAGGCUAUGCAAAUACUCAGUCAGAUGGAAUGGGCAGGAUGCUCUUGUUAUGGAUGUAAUAUGUAUUUUUUUUAAAUUUGGAAAUUGCUUCUUGUAACACUUCAACAUGGUCCCGGGAAAUAAUGAGUGUAUAACAUCAUUUGCUGCCAGGGCUAUAUGGCACCAAGGUAGGUUUCUCCAAAAGGAGUUGUGAGUUCCUCCCCACUUUGAUAUCAUGUUGCUGAUGGCUCUUGCCGAGGUCAUGUUUAGGGGCUAAUUUAUUCAUGCACUAAAAAUUUUAUGCAUAAAGUUCUCUUUUUUGUAGAGUGAAUUACAUUACUACUUUCAUGUUGACAUGAUCAAGUUUCAAAACUUGGUUAAUUUCAUUGGAUCAGUAAAACCAAAGAGUGUUCUUAUCCUAAGUUUCUUCUAGAUGAUUUUUAGACUGAAUGAUAAGAGAUCACCUUCUGAAUAAGAGUUUCUCAGAUUUUGAUACCGGUGUCUGGGGUGUAGUGGUUAGGGACUUUGCUGUCAUAUGAAGGAGACCUGGGUUUAAUUCCCAAGUGAGGAGAACUUUUUUUUAUGUCAAUAAUAUCUCGAUCUUUCUGACCGUAGAUAGGAUAUUGUAAUGUAUCGCUUUCAGCCCGGGUUGGCCCUGACAGGCGGGGUCAAAAGCCUGCCUCUGAAAUGAUCUAAAUUUUGUUGAUAGGGGCGUAAAAGUGAAAGCACCUACUUUUUAAAAAAAAUUAAUUUGACUGCAGUUAAAGUGAAGUGGACAACUGUCAGUCACCCUCCCAAUAUUGCCAAAUUUAAAAAAAUUAUUUUUUAAAAUCCAAAAGCGGGAGCCAUUACGGCCAUGUAUUAUUCUUGAGUCGGUUCCAAUUUAGCAAAAAUUGGAGUCACCAUUGACUUGUGGACCAGAGCAUAGUCUACCCUGCUGAUGAUGGUUGGCGCUCCUGCCAUGGUGAUAGAAAGAAUGUAGAUUUUAUUUAUUCUGCAGAUAGUCCGGGGUUUUUUUUCUUUCUUUGUUAUGUUCCAUGCUCUAAAUGUUCAUCUGUGGUGUAUGUGUAAAGGUUAUUUAAUUAAGAUCUUCAAUGUUGCACAUUGAAGACAGGAGCUCAAGCCUUUGUGUGUAUGCAAAAGUCUGUUCUUAUGAGUUGACUAUCUCCAUCUCUCUGCUGGGAUAGCGCUAUAGAGCAUUCAGAUGCUUUCGAGAAAAUGUGAAAAAACGUUUUUAUUAGUAAGUCUAAUUGAAUUCAGGUUUCAGCCUCUAGAUUUUUACAAUUUAUAUUAAAGUUGUCAUUAAUUAUUGAUACAAAGUAAAAUGUGAGAGCUGAUUUUCAAGACUGUGCUUAGGUCAAAAGCCUUGAGUACUUUGAGAUCAAAGUUUUCAAAUUUUGUUCCAUAAAGGGAUAGUGAACUGCAGUGACAAUAUUGUGUCCCACUGAUAAGCAGGGUCAGAGCAAUUACAGUCAAUCUCCUUCUCUUUAAACUUAAACCUACAUGUUUCUGGCCAUUCAGCUUGUGUAUCAUUUGUCACAAUUGAAAAAACAAAUGAAGAAGUCUUGGUUGAAGCAAAUUGCAGACGACAGCUUAUUACGAAUAACGAAAGCGACAGGCCAAUUUCAUUGGACUCGCAAUGCGGAAAGAACCUUUGGAGAAUAUUGUAACAACAGGCAAGUUUGAUGGAAAGAGAGGUAGAGGCAGACGGAGGGAAAAGAUACUGGACAAACUGACAGCAUGGCUGGGAGCAGCAAGAACAACAGACACCAUUGCUGCAACACAAGACAGAUGGAAGUGGAGGUCCAUGAUUGCCCACGCCAGUCGGCAAGGCACCGGAUGAUGAUGAUGAUUUGUUGCACAAGUAUCGAGGCGUCUCUUCUUUAGAAUGAUAUUGACUGUGGCUGUUACAACUAGAUCUUGUGUUAGUACAGAUGACCGGUAUGGAGAGAAAGGUGACCACUGAAGCAGGUUCGACUGUAUUGCUGUAUCACGUGAUGGAUCCAAUGUUUUCUGUUGCUUCAAGUUAAAGAUAAUCAGAAGCAAACAAUUCUCUAAGUGUAAAGCCAUCUUGACGACAUUACAAUGGAUAUUGUUGUAACUGAGUUCAUGUACAAAUAUUUGGUUUUUCUUGUGGUGGAGGGGUUGCUGUCUUGUAAAUAUGUUUAGAGGAUUUAGUUCUUUUAGAGCUUGCUUAGCGUUCAGCUUUUUACCAAAUUUACACCAGAUUUUUUCACUAUUGGUCAGCAAGUGAAGAAUAUUUUCUCAAGUUUUUAUAUUUCUUUUGUUUUGAAAUAAAAUUUCAAUGUUUUAUUUGGCAUCAUGUACUGAAGAAUCCGUUUGUGAUAAUAACUGGUAUAAUAAGAAUACAAAACAACCAAAACGA